UCGCAUUUUCAUUUCGGUUCUGUUUCGACUGGGAUUUUUCAUCGCUUGGUUGUGAUUUUUUACUUCUGGGUUUAGUGUUAGAAGUAUGAUUGUGUUGCUGGUUGCGCUUUGAUUCUCUGUUUUUUCUUUUUUUUUUUCUUUUUCUUCUCGGACUCUGUUUUUGGUCCUGGGAGAAUUUUUGAAAGGGGGACGAAAUUAUGUUUUGGGUUUUUGUGGGUUUCGAAAAUAAACUCUGAUUGGGUGGGUGGGCAUCGAGAAAGUUCUCGAAACCCAAAUGGCUUUUUUGGGGUGUGGGCGUAAUUUGCAUUACCCACUAGGGUCGUUUUUGUUUCCAGAAAAUGACGAACUCACCGCUACUUUCAUGGCUUCCUCUUUGUUCUUAUCCUUUCUAGAGGAUGAUGAUAAUGAUAAUAUUAAGCUAUAACGAGCAGUUUUUUCCUUUUGUUUUGGUGGGGCUUUUUUUUUCAUUUAGAUGAAAGCCCUUCUUCCCUCGUUCUGAUUACUUUUUUGGAAGUACGAAUUCUCUGUUCUUUCGUUUCUAACUUGUGGGUUUCUCUGUCUUUGAAUGUUCGGGGUUCUGGGUUCUGGCCAUUUAGAUCUGAAACCGUCCGAAAAGAACUGUUUGGAUUUCUUAUGUACUACUUUUAAGGUUUCUGAGAACUGUUUGACAUAAUUUGGAUUUGGUUUCAAAUUCUGUCCACUUUGACUGCUAAUAUUUUGGAAUUGGGUCAUACUCCUUGGCACUAAGAAGAUGCAGAGGCCACCACCAGAAGACUUUCUAUUGAAGGAGACCAAUCCCCAUCUUGGUGGGGGGAAGGUCACUGGAGAUAAACUCAUGAGCACGUAUGACCUCGUCGAGCAAAUGCAAUAUCUCUACGUCCGGGUUGUCAAAGCGAAAGAUUUGCCUCCAAAGGAUGUUACUGGCAGCUGUGACCCUUAUGUGGAAGUGAAGCUUGGGAACUACAAGGGAACAACUCGACAUUUUGAGAAGAAGUCGAAUCCCGAGUGGAACCAGGUUUUCGCCUUCUCGAAAGACCGGUUACAGUCUACAGUGCUCGAGGUUACUGUGAAGGAUAAAGAUUUUAUUAAGGAUGACUUCAUGGGUCGUGUUUUGUUCGACUUGAAUGAGGUUCCAAAACGUGUUCCGCCCGACAGUCCAUUGGCUCCACAAUGGUACAGAUUGGAGGACAAGAAAGGGGAUAAACUUAAAGGAGAGCUAAUGUUAGCUGUUUGGAUGGGCACUCAAGCUGAUGAAGCGUUCCCUGAAGCAUGGCAUUCAGAUGCUGCAACUGUCAGUGGAACUGACAGUCUAGCGAAUAUUCGAUCGAAGGUGUAUCUUUCACCCAAGCUUUGGUACUUAAGGGUUAACAUUAUCGAAGCUCAGGACUUGCAGCCUACUGAUAAGGGUAGAUACCCGGAAGUUUUUGUGAAGGUUGUCCUGGGAAACCAAGGUUUGAGAACUAGGAUUUCUCAGAGCAGGACAAUCAAUCCUAUGUGGAAUGAGGAUUUGAUGUUUGUAGCUGCAGAACCAUUUGAGGAACCCUUGAUUUUGAGUGUCGAGGACCGGGUUGCGCCGAAUAAGGAUGAAAUCCUGGGUAGAUGUGCUAUUCCUUUGCAGUAUGUGGACCGGAGGUUGGACCACAAACCUGUGAACAGCAAAUGGUUUAAUCUGGAGAAACAUGUCGUCCUUGAAGGUGAAAAGAAAAAAGAAAUCAAGUUUGCUAGCAGAAUUCAUAUGAGGAUCUGUUUGGAAGGCGGUUAUCAUGUUUUGGAUGAAUCGACGCACUACAGCAGUGAUCUUCGACCUACUGCCAAAGUAUUGUGGAAGCAGAGCAUUGGGGUGUUGGAACUAGGUAUCCUGAAUGCUCAGGGAUUGAUGCCGAUGAAGACUAAAGAUGGGCGUGGGACGACUGAUGCAUAUUGUGUAGCGAAAUACGGGCAGAAGUGGGUUCGAACAAGGACGAUUAUAGAUAGCUUUACACCCAAGUGGAAUGAGCAGUACACUUGGGAAGUUGCCGAUCCCUGUACGGUAGUCACGAUCGGGGUUUUUGAUAACUGUCAUUUGCAUGGGGGAGAUAAAGGUGGAGGGACAAAAGAUUCGCGGAUUGGUAAGGUGAGGAUACGCCUUUCGACUCUCGAGACGGAUCGAGUUUACACACAUUCGUAUCCUCUUCUUGUUUUACACCAAAAUGGAGUGAAGAAGAUGGGUGAGAUUCAUUUGGCUGUGAGGUUCACUUGCUCUUCCUUGCUGAAUAUGAUGCACAUGUACACACAUCCUUUGCUUCCCAAAAUGCAUUACAUUCACCCUUUGACGGUCAGCCAGCUUGAGAGCUUAAGGCAUCAAGCAACUCAGAUCGUAUCGAUGAGGCUGAGUCGGGCCGAGCCACCAUUAAGGAAAGAGGUUGUCGAGUACAUGCUGGAUGUCGGUUCCCACAUAUGGAGUAUGCGAAGAAGCAAGGCAAAUUUCUUCAGGAUUAUGGGAGUUCUAAGUGGGUUAAUAGCAGUAGGAAAAUGGUUUGAUCAGAUUUGCAACUGGAAAAACCCCAUCACCACUGUCCUCAUACACAUUCUGUUCAUAAUACUCGUCAUGUACCCAGAGCUCAUCCUGCCCACCAUUUUCCUCUACCUCUUCUUGAUCGGUGUUUGGUACUACCGGUGGAGGCCGAGACAUCCUCCACACAUGGACACUCGUCUGUCACAUGCAGACUCCGCACACCCUGAUGAACUCGAUGAAGAAUUCGAUACAUUUCCGACAUCAAUGCCUGGUGACAUAGUGAGGAUGAGGUACGACCGGCUGAGGAGCAUUGCCGGGAGGAUUCAGACAGUGGUCGGGGAUUUGGCAACUCAAGGGGAGAGGCUGCAGUCUUUGCUUAGCUGGAGAGACCCAAGAGCCACUGCCCUGUUCGUCUUAUUCUGUCUGGUAGCUGCCAUUGUGUUAUAUAUCACACCAUUCCAAGUGGUGGCCCUGCUGAGUGGAUUUUAUGUGUUGAGACAUCCCAGAUUCCGCCAUAAGCUUCCUUCUGUGCCACUGAACUUCUUCAGGAGGCUGCCUGCAAGGACUGACUGUAUGUUGUGAUGACAAGAGUUGGAGUCGAAGCCUGUGUCACCCCUCUGACUCCGAUUGCCUUGGACUGAGCGACGCCAGUCAUCGGUUUUUUCUGCUUUUGCCUUUUCAGUUAUAUAAUCAAAGACAGGGAGAGGGGGAAGAAAGAAAGCAAUAGCACAGCCUUGUUUGCUUCUUGCAUCUAGAGUGGCUAAUUUUUUGUUCUUUUAUGUGGAUGAAUAUGUGUAUUCCCUUCUUUUUCUUCUUAACAAAGCCAAUGCAGUGGCAUGUGGGGUUUUUUUUUUCUUUUCUUUUUUAUCUGUUGAUGUGAUAAAAUAGAUAUCUUUCCUUUCCUGAUCAAACAGACCCUUGUGUUAAAUAAUCUUUCCAUGUUCAUAUAAUGUUGUAA